AUGGGCGUUUUACCCGAAGGUGUGCCUUUAACCUGGCAGGAGACAAAAGCUUUGUCCAAACAUGUACAAAAACAUGGUGUACAACAAUUCAUAAAUCUAUAUCGUAAAUCUAAAGAUCGUCGUGGAGAUCCUUUCAAAUGGGGUGAUGAAAUAGAAUAUAUGAUUAUUAAAUUCAACCAUGAGAAAAAGGAAGCUAAAGUUUCCUGCAAAGCUGAACAGCUUUUGAAUAUUUUAAAUGAACGAGAAGAGCAUAAUCAAGUUACUGGUUUGUGGCGUCCUGAAUAUGGGGCCUAUCAAUUGGAAAGUUCUCCCCUUAAACCGUUUGAAUGCUCGUUUACACAUUUCAAAACAGUUGAGCCUGAUAUGAGACUGCGUCGUGCAGAAGCUCAAGAGUUAUUGGACGAAGAUGAAUGUAUACUGACACUAGUAAACUCUUUACGUUUAGGUUGCAAAGAUUUUACUUACCCGCCAUAUGAAACGAGAACCGAAGAUCCCAACAGUUAUGCCAAAUCACUGUAUAUACCAGAUGAGGCCAUCUAUGCCGGUCAUUCUCGUUAUCAUAUACUGUCGCGCAAUAUGCAAUUGAGACGUGGAGAGAAGAUGCAUAUCAAAUUAAAAGUAUUUAAAGAUGAGCAUACAAAGUUGCCGAUUGAAGGAAGCCCCUUUAAGGAACCAGAUGUAGUUAUGCUAGAUACAUCUUUUGGCAGUAAUUUACAAGUUACUGUACAAGGAGCUGAUAUGACAGAAACCCGUUAUUUGUAUGAUCAAUUAGCACCGCUAUGUCCAGUUAUACAGGCUAUAACUGCCGCUGCUCCUAUAUAUCGCGGUUAUUUGACAGACAUAGACAACAGUUAUUAUUUCAUAGGCGAUGGCUCAGAUGAUCGUAGUGCCGAAGAAAGGGGUCUAAAGCCUCUGAAAAAUGACAAGUGUCGCUUGAAAAAACAACGUUGGGAUUCCAUAGAUUCUUAUCUUACUGUCGAGGCUGAGAAGUACAAUGACAUUGAACUUUAUUACGAUCAAGAAGUAUAUGAUCACCUGCGCAAUGAAGGUGUAGAUCAUGUUAUGGCCCAACAUGUGGCACAUAUAUUCAUGCGUGAUCCCUUGCUGAUGUUUAGCAGUAAUGUGGAUCAAAACGACGAAGAGGACACGGGUCAUUUUGAUAAUAUUAAUACUUCUACUUGGCAGACAUUACGCUUCAAACCUGCAAUACCCAACACAGAACUCGGUUGGAGGGUAGAAUUUCGACCCUGUGAUAUACAACUCACUGAUUUCGAAAAUGCGGCUGUUUCAUGUUUUGUUAUACUCUUAACUCGUGUCAUACUUCAUUAUCGUCUCAAUUUGCUCAUGCCAAUUAGUAAAAUAGAUGAGAAUAUGGUGAUUGCUCAAAAACGCGAUGCCUGUCGUAAGGAGAAAUUUUGGUUCCGCAAAAAUAUCACAAAAUCUAAGACACAAUUGAAUGGUUGUGAAAAUGGAUUUACAAAUGGCUAUAGCAAUGAAGUAAAUAAUGGAUGCCAUCAUAAUGUUGACAUUAAUGGCCUGUGGCAUAACUCCAAUGGUAAAACUAAUGGCUGCCAUAUGGAACACAAUUAUAUCGAACAUAAUGACAUUACAAAUGGUUUCACCAAUGAUUGUCAUGCUAAGGAGUUAGAACUCAUGACAGUCGAUGAAAUCUUUAAUGGAAAGUCCGAAAUGUGUCCCGGCUUGAUUCCACUAACCCGCAGCUAUUUACAAACUCUAGAUUUGGAUAAUGAAACCCAUUGUGUGCUAGAGAAAUAUAUAAGAUUUAUAGAACAAAGAUCAUGUGGAGAUAUUCUAACAAAUGCUAUGUGGUUAAGAGAGCAGGUGCACAAUCAUCCUGAGUACAAAAAUGAUUCAGUGGUUAGUGAAAGCAUAAAUUAUGAUAUUCUAAAGAAGAUUAAGCAAAUCCAAGACCAAGAAAUAAUUGAAUCAACAUUAUUAAAAUAAGAAGUCAAUUAAAACAUUUUACAAUAAUAAAUUGUACCUAUUCAUACCUUAAAUAAAAAUGAAUGGAUAUAUUCUUAAUCCAAAAUAAAAUAAAAUGACAAUUAUAGAAAAAGAAAAA